CACAAAUUGUCAGUUACACCUGGGGUUUAAUUAAUCGGAGUUCAGCUUGAGCAAAGCAUAGCACGUAGUAGAGGACCUGAACUACGAUGUCUUUUCACAGGGAGUAAUGUGCGGCUUCAACCUAUUUAACUAGUUAAACUCUAAUAGCGUUCAGCCUGUCUGGCCAAAAUAGACAGUUAAAAGUAACUGAAGUGCAGCAGGUGGCUUAAAAAGUCUGCAGGUGCAGUCUGACCUGAAACCCUGUGCCCGCGCUGCUGACCCUCAGAGUCACCGCGACAGAGCCAGGCAGACGGGCUUGCUUCAGGGCUCAGACCCCGCGAUGAAGUGGAUUGUGGUGACGCUCCUGUGCGCUCAGGCGGCUGAGUGUUUAACAAGGAUACCCCUGAAACGCUUCUCAUCGGUGAGACAGGAGCUCCGGGCGACUCAGCAGCUGGAGAACUACCUGAGGGAUCACCAGCCAGAUGUCUUUGCCAGGAAGUACUCGCAGUGCUACCCUCCUGGACUGCCGUCUUCCACCCUCCAAAGCACCAAAGAGAGCCUCUACAACUUCUUGGAUGCCCAAUAUUAUGGAGAAGUGAGUCUUGGGACUCCGCCUCAGAAUUUUACCGUGGUUUUCGAUACUGGCUCAUCUAACCUCUGGGUUCCUUCACUGUAUUGCAUCAGCGAAGCUUGCAGUACGCACCGCAAGUUCAAGUCCUUCAAGUCAAGCACGUAUGUUGCCGAUGGGACGAUCUUUUCCAUUCAGUACGGGUCAGGACAGCUUGUAGGAGUGGUGUCUAAAGACCAGUUAAAGAUUGGCCAUAUAGCUGUGAGCGGUCAGGAGUUUGGGGAGUCGGUGUUCGAGCCUGGCUUCACCUUUGCCCUGGCGCAGUUCGAUGGGGUUCUGGGACUGGGCUACCCCUCGCUCGCUGAAGGGGGCAGCACUCCCGUGUUUGACAAUUUGGUGGCACAGAAGCAGGUGACGAGCCCUGUAUUUUCCUUCUAUCUCAGCAGACGGAAAGAAGAUGAGGUGGGAGGAGAGCUGCUACUGGGGGGCAUUGAUGAGUCUCUGUACAAGGGCUCCAUUAACUGGGUCCCACUGACUGAGAAAACCUACUGGCAGAUCAAAGUGGACAAUGUGAAAAUCCAGGGUCAUGUGGCCUUUUGCUCUACUGGCUGCCAGGCGAUUGUGGACACGGGCACCUCCCUCAUCACUGGUCCCACAGUGGACAUCCUGGCCCUGCAGCAGCACAUUGGAGCCACUCCAUCGCAGCUGGGCGAGUACUUAGUUGACUGUGCGAGACUGUCCAGCCUGCCCUUAGUGGAAUUCACCAUCCAUGAGGUGGUGUAUAAGUUGUCUGCUAACUCGUACGUGAGAAAGGAAACUUUGGGAGGAAGAGAGUUGUGCUUCAGUGGAUUCCAGGCUAUAGACAUCAAAACCUCCUCUGGUCCUCUCUGGAUCCUGGGGGAUGUCUUCAUUUCGGAGUUCUACAGCAUCUUUGACCGAGGGAAUGACCGGGUGGGGUUUGCCAAAGCCUGGCAUGGCAGUCGUCUGAGGGUGUAGGCCCUGCCAAGGAGAGCUGCCCUCUCCUGAUUGAGAGAGAGCCGUGCUAAACUGUGACAACUUCAGCCAGGUUAAUAAAUUCAGAUGAACAUGC